AUGUUCUACGGUAAUGCAGAUUACAUUAAAGUCCCUCAAGAUGAUGUGUGGAAACCAGACCUUACUUUGAAAAACGGAUUCACAAAACUGACAGAACUAGGAAGCUCAGUGAUAUAUGUUGACGUACAGAGUACCGGAAAUGUGUCUUGGUAUCCAUUUGAAGUAUUUGAAAGCAAAUGUGAAAUAGAUAUAACAUAUUUUCCAUUUGACAGACAGGCAUGUCAGUUAAUAUUUGUGGCAUGGUCAACUAAAGAUCUCUCGAUUGAAGUAAAAUUGGGAGGCGAAGGCGUUGUUUUAUUGGAUUAUGCUGAUGACAAUGCCGAAUGGACAAUUGUAUCGACUUCAGCAUCUCAAUAUUCUUCAGAUUUGGUACCAAAAGUUACAUUUACAUUAAAUCUCCAACGAAAUGCUGGAUUCUAUGUCACAAACAUUAUCGUUCCUGUUAUUCUCCUUGGUAUUCUGAACUUUUUCACAUUUGUACUUCCGGCAGACAGUGGUGAGAAGAUGGGAUAUUCUAUAACCGUAUUUUUAGCGUUUACUGUUUUCCUUACAAUUGUGAGUUCGGAGCUACCGAAAACAUCUGGUUCGAUGUUAGGAUACUAUCUGAUUUUUCAGCUAGGAAUGGCAAAAUAG